CUUCACUCUCUUCUCACACAGCUAUGGCAAACUCCAUAAACAAAAACAUUUACACAAAAAUCAGCAUACUAUCCCUCUUUUUGCUACUUUUCCCUUUAGUUGCUAACUCAUACAACCCUGAUUACAAUUUAGCCAUCAAUUGUGGCUCCUUAACCGACAAUACUGCCUUAGAUAAACGAAUUUGGGUUGGUGAUAAUAUUAAUAACAAAAAUCUCUUUACUUUCAUUGAACCAAAAACCACAAACCCAUCUUUUAAUGUACAAGCUAAUUCCCUCUCAAAUAUCCAAGUUCCAUACACACACGCACGUGUUUCUCUCUCAAAUUUCACAUACUCAUUUUCUAGCAUCACUAAUUCCACUGUUUUUCUUCGUCUUCAUUUUUACCCUACAUCUUAUCAAAACUUUGAACCUUCCAGUGCAAUUUUCUCUGUCAAAGUGAACGACCUUACCCUUCUUAAAAACUUCAACCCUUUGCUUUGGCUCUAUUUUGAUGACGAAAAAAUCACCAAAGAAUAUUGCAUACAAAUCAAACCAAAUGAAAAGUUAAACAUAACUUUCAUUCCUAACAGCAUAAACCAAUCAAAUCCUUGUUAUGCUUUUAUUAACGGGAUCGAAGUUGUGUCAAUGCCUUCUUUUCUCUAUUACACAAACCUCAAUGACCCAAAUUACUAUUUGAAACCAGUUGACUCAGAGUACACGGAAUACCGAAUUCAUAAAGACAAAGCUUUGGAGAUGGUUUAUAGAGUCAACGUUGGUCAAAAUCAAGUUCCACCAAGUGAUGAUACAGGUAUGUUUCGCAAUUGGGGCAAUGAUUUUCCUCUUUACUUGGAGAAAGAGUACCCAUCUAGUGUAUCAAGUGACUUUACACAUAACCUAACAUAUAAAAACAAUGUCAUUCCAAAUUACAUUGCACCAGAAGUUGUGUACUUAACUGCAAGAAGUUACGGAAUGUAUGAGACAAAGGAUUAUAAUGUAACUUGGAACUUUGAAGUUGAUUCUGCUUUUACUUAUAUGGUAAGGUUACAUUUUUGUGAGUUUGAUUGGCAUAUCAACUAUAAAGGUGAUAGAGUCUUUCAGAUAUUCAUAGAUAACACUUUGGUUGAAGAAAAGGCGGAUGUGAUAGGGUGGAGUGGUGCUCGUAUGGUUCCUGUUCAUAAGGAUUAUGUUGUUUCUAUGGAGGGAUUAAUCUCUCAAAUUGAAAGAGUUUAUCUUUCAAUCAAGCUUCAACGAUUACCACAACCCAUGCCUACAGUAUAUCGUGAUGUUAUUCUUAAUGGAAUCGAGAUUUUCAAAAUUAGUGAUAAAUAUAACAAUCUCGCUGGUUUGAAUCCCAACAAACACAUUAUACUAUCAUCUCAAAAACAAAAGUCCAAGAAGUCAACUGUAGUCAUAGUUGGAGUUUCAUCUCUCUUGCUCACAUUUCUUGCUGUGGGAAUAAUAGUUCUAGUUAGAAGGACAAAGAGAUUUGAAUCUCCUAUUAAAAUGAUAGAAAGUUUAUGGAAAACAAAGAAUGAAGGUUCGUCAACUUUACCAUCCUAUUUGUGCCGCUACUUUACAAUCGCAGAGAUCAGAGCAGCCACAAAAAACUUCGAUGAUGAAAACAUUAUCGGUGGGGGGUUUGGGAAUGUGUACAAAGGUUUCAUUGAUGGAUCCACACCCGUUGCGAUAAAACGCCUCAGGUCGGGCUCUCAACAAGGUGCAAAUGAGUUCAUGAACGAGAUCGAGUUGCUCUCCCAGCUUCGCCACAUUCACUUGGUAUCCCUUGUGGGAUAUUGCAACGACAAGACAGAGAUGAUUCUGGUCUAUGAGUUCAUGCAGCACGGUACUCUCUGCGAGUAUCUUUAUGGUUCUAAUAACCAACCCCUACCAUGGAAGCAGAGGCUUGAAAUUCUUUUGGGUGCAGCUAGAGGGCUGAAUUAUCUUCAUACUGAGGUUAAAAACAAGAUAAUACAUCGUGACGUAAAGAGCACCAACAUAUUGUUGGAUGAGAAAUGGAUAGCUAAGGUUUCUGAUUUUGGGUUAUCAAAGGUGGGACCGACAGGUAUAUCGACUACCCACGUCAGCACAAUUGUUAAGGGAAGCUUGGGGUAUUUAGAUCCUGAGUACUAUAUGUUCCAAAGGCUUACUCUUAAAUCAGACGUGUACUCAUUCGGUGUGGUGCUUCUUGAGGUGUUGUGUGCUAGGCCACCUUUGGUUCGCGAUUUGGAUAAGAAUACAGCUAGUCUAGUUUGUUGGUUCAAAAGAUGCUACGAAGAAGGUGUGGCGAUUGAACAAAUGGUGGAUCCAUUCCUAAGAGAUUCCAUCACGGGCGAGUGUUUUGAAUAUUUUUGCAAGUUGGCGUUAAGUUGUUUGCAUGAUGAUGGAAUUCAACGACCCUCAAUGAGUCAAGUGGUUGGGGGUUUAGAGUUUGCGUUGCAAUUAGUGGUGAGUGAGGAAGAUUGCAACGUUGGUACGACCCAAAAAGAGAUGACAUGCAUAAAAGGCCUACGGUUCUCGCAAUCUAUGAGUGAUGAAGGGAGUGGUAUGCAUUUCGCAAGAUCCCAGACUUUUAAGGAGGGCACGAUCUCAACGAGCCCACGUACAAAAGAACAUCUUUUCUCUGAGAUUGGGAAUAAAAAAACACGAUCGUAUUCAUGUCAAAACUUCAAAGUUUAUAUUUAGCGGUUAACAUAGAACACCACUUAUAUAUGUAUAGCGUAAUGUAAUAUCAAAACUAAAUAAUUUUAGCACUUGGUGAAAAGAUG